UUAUUAAGAUAUAACCGUAAUUUAGACAUAGCUGGAAUUUUAAAAUCGAUAUUUGUCUAUCUGAAUAAACCUUAAUUUUAAAAUCAAGAUUAUAUUAAUAAAGAUAUAAUAUAGAACAUGCGAAGAUACCCCAUAAAUGCUUUGUCAAUGAAAGUAUUUCAUAUGAUCAAUUGCGUGCAAAUAGAACAAAAAAGAUAAAGUUUUAUAUAUAUGUUUGUUUAUUCAUUAUAAUCGUUUGGUUUUGGAUCUGGCGUAUGAUACAAAGCACUUUUUAACCAACUCAAAUGUUUGCAGUCAAUUUACAGUUAUUUUUAUGUAAUUGCAGUAUAAAAUUCUGGUUGGUGAAAAAUUUAAUUUUAAUAUUGGAACAGUUCAUGCCAGUAAUAAGGAAGUCAGUAGUUCUUAAAACAGCAUUAAAGCAGGCCUCAGAAAGAAAUGGUACCAGUUCUAAUUCACAACCUGCUUUGAACUUUGCUACACCUCCAUUGUUGCACAGACCAUCACCAGAUUUACCAGUGAUAAAUGAUUAUCAGUUUCAAAUAGCUCUUCUUGCUUAUCUAACAUUAGCUAUGUUUAUACAGUAUCUCAACAUAUAUAAAACUAAUUUUUAUGAAAUAGAUUUAUAUAUGAUAGCAUUUCUUAUGAUUGUUUUGCUACGACAUAUUGGGUGGCUAUUACUUAAGCAAACUCUUGCUUCAGAAGUAAUUCAUACAUUUGGAUAUUGGUCUAGAGUAUGUAUGAAAGCAACACUUUUACUUUUAAUAAUGGCAAUGUGCUUUUGGUCACUUUUUAAUGUUAUGCAAACAAGUGCAAUAGAAGAUUUAUUAUUUUUAUGUUAUCCGUUUGCUAUUUACAUAUGGACAUUUGGUUGUUCAUUAAAUGUUUCUAACUAUCCUCUAUUUUACAAACUUGGAACUCAUCAAACCAAACUUGUUCAAAAUCUUCUUUUAGAAAAUGCCUCUCUGUUUUAUCAAGCAAUAUCUCUACAAGUUCCAGUCAAUGUAGUCACUCAAGUUUCUAAUAUGCAAAAUACACAAAAUAAAGAAAAUAAUAUAUCUUCACAAAAAAACAAUACAAAUAUAAAUAAAUACAUAAUUAAUGGAUACAUAAAAAGUAGUUCAAUUUCAAGUUGUCAAGAUCAUUGUGCAAUGUCACCUGAUAGUGUUCGGUAUGAAACUGAAUGCUUACGGAAUGAUUUUAAUUUGCGCAUGAAACAGAUUUUGUUUAAUUCUGUUGUUAGUACAUAUUAUGUUGCAUUUAUACCUUUAAAAUUUACACAGAAUAAAUCUUUGUUUUUUGAUAAAUCAUGGGCAAUACAACAUAUCUUAUUUGUAUUUGUAAGUGUAUUUGUCUUCUUUAUGAAUUUUAUGGUACCACAUCAUUAUAUUGAUGGUCUCCACAAGUGCGCUCUACACCUUGGAGGUUGGGAAGUAUAUAAUGGACAAAGAGAAACACCUCAUAUAUGGUCUCCUUUAACUAUAUGGCCUCACUCAGCAUUAGUUCAUUAUAACAAGGGUGUGUUUCGAGCUUUAGAAAAGCAAAACACAGCUGUUCCGGGUGAUAAACAUCAUUCCAGAUUUUAUUUUAUAUUCAAAAGUCCUGUGCGUUUGUUAACCUGGCUUGCAGCAUUGCAAUUUUUUACAGUAAUUUAUCAGCUCUAUGUAAUGACGUACUCAUCAUUGUGGUAUCAAUGUUUAUCGAUGCUGCCUAUAACUGUGUUUAGUUACUUUCUUUUGUUUCGUUUGUUAAGAGAAAGAUGGGCUGUCCAAGCAAUCAUCGAAGAGCAUGCUUUGUGUUCAAUGCAAAGUUAACUUUUGUAUAAAAACAUUUUAAAUAAAACGUUUAGCAUGUUUUUAAAUUGUUAAAACUAUUAACUUGUUCAGAAACAUUUUUAACGUCUUAAAUAGGUCGAUAGUAAUUGUGAAGCCCUUGUAGUAAUACAUAGAAAGAAAAAAAUAUUGCGUUAUUUA